AUGAAGUUCACAGUCCUCAGCACCUUGAGCCUACAGCUCCUUGCAGCAACAGCAUGCCUCCUACCAUCUGAGCGGCCCGGAAACUACGGUAAAAAAAACAACAACAACAAGCAUCGUCUCACCGCGCGGCAAGCCAUAGGAAGCAAUGCUACGCAGCCUCAAGCACAGCCCUCAAACAAGACCGACACCGGGAUGCCCAUCUCGCCAACCAACCGCUUCUCCUGCGGCAGCAGCUCCGUCCCGCGCGGCGUCGGCAGCGUCGACAACCCGUCCCCGGUCGAGGAGAUCAUGAGUCUGUCCGAGAUCAAAUCCGCAGUCAAGGCGCUCGAGGCCCGCUUCGACGACGUCGAGUUCUUCGAGAUGCCGUACCGCACCUACGAGAACAGGACCGUCUUCGGCGCGCGGAUUGGCGGCGGCGGCGGCGGCGGCGGCGGCGGGCAGCAGGGUGUGAACCGAACCAAAAGCUUUGACGGCGGCGCCUACAGCGUGCUCAUGCAGGCCGCCAUCCACCCGCGCGAGCGCGGCAGCCCUGACCACCUCGUCUACUUCGUGUCGGACCUUCUCUGGGCGCGCAAGGAGGGCCGCGGGCUCCGGUACGGCGGCAGCGCGUACACGGCCGCGCAGGUGUCUGCGGCGCUGGCCCUGGGCAUCGUGGCCAUUCCCGUCGUGAACCCGGACGGCAUGGCGCACGACCAGCAGGCGCACACGUGCUGGCGCAAGAACCGCAACGCGGUCGCCGCCUCGGCCACCGACCCGCGGUCCGUCGGCGUCGACCUGAACCGCAACUUCGACCUGCUGUGGGACUACCGGCGCACCAUGGCCCCGGGCACCAUGGACGGGUCCGACGACCCGGCCAUGGAGUACUACCACGGCGCCGCCGCCUUCUCCGAGCCCGAGACGCGCAACGUCAGGUGGGUCAUGGACCAGCACCCGCGCUUGGCCUGGUACAUGGACCUGCACUCGGCCGCGCAGGUCGUGCUGCACGGGUGGUGCCACGACGCCGUGCAGGCCGACGACCCGGCCCAGAACUGGAAGAACCCGGCCUACGACGGCAAGCGCGGAACGCUCUUCGACCCCGCCGUCGACUACGCCGAGUACAUGGACCGCCGCGACUGGGACGCCCUGUCGGUGACGGCCGCGCGCAUGGCGUCGGCCAUGCAGCUGACCAAGGAUGAGGAGCACGCCUGGUCGUCGGACCCCUACGUCGCCUCCCAGGGCGUGCUGGGCUUUGGCACGUCGACGGGCUGCUCCAUCGACCACGCCUACAGCAGACACCUGGAGGAUGCGACCAAGAGCAAGAUCCUUGGUUUCGGGUUUGAGUUUGGCGAGUUUAACUACGACUUGUCGCGCGAAGACUGUCCCAUCGAAGAGUGUUGUCCGUUCUAUCCUACCGUCAGCAUCUUCAACCAUAACAACAAGGCGGUCGCUGCAGGAUUGAUGGAGCUUUUGAUGGCAGCCAACAGAAAUCUGUAG